AUGGAUGAAGAGCAACGUCAACAACAACAACAACCACAGCUGGACCAACAACUUGAAGACCAGUCGCCUCCUCUUCCACCUGUGCCUACGUUUGAUACAGACCGCCCAAUGUCAGAAGUAGAGCCUACACCUAGUUAUUCUGUAUUGGAUGAUUUUGAAUAUAUUGCAAACAAGGAACUUGCACCUUUAGAAGAAGACAUUAUCGAGACAAAAUGCUUUCAUUGGGAUAUUGAACACUGGAGUCAAUUAGAUCAACGCGUUAUUGGUCCUGUCAUGAAAGCAGGCGGUCAUGAUUGGAACAUCCUCUUGUUUCCUGGUGGAAACCAUCAAAACGAAUAUGCUUCUAUCUAUUUGGAUUUGUCCAAUGCAAAAGAAAACCCAGAAGAAUAUGCCUGUGCUCAAUUUGUGAUUCUUUUGUCUAGACCCUCUGAACCUACCAGGCACCAAGUUCAUCAAGCUCAACAUCGUUUCACAUCAGAUGAAUCGGAUUGGGGGUUUACUCGUUUCAUUACACUCGAAAGCUUGGCUGGUCCUCAUAGUUUGCUUGAAAAUGACGCUAUUCGCAUCACUACCAUCAUUCGGGUUGUCAAGGAUGCCACAGGUGUGCUUUGGCAUAACUUUGUCAACUAUAAUUCCAAGAAACAGACGGGUUAUGUUGGACUACAGAAUCAAGGUGCAACAUGUUACAUGAAUUCUCUUUUUCAAUCGCUCUAUUUUACCAAUUCGUUUCGAAAGGCAGUCUUCCAGAUCCCCACGGAGCAUGACGAGCCUUCUAAGAGUGUUGCUCUUGCAUUACAGCGUUGUUUCUAUAACUUACAAUAUAGUUCUGAACCUGUCGGUACCACUGAAUUGACCAAGAGUUUUGGCUGGGAUUCAUUAGAAGCUUUUCGACAACAUGAUGUGCAAGAAUUUAACCGUGUGCUUCAAGACAGUCUGGAAACAAAGAUGAAGGAUACACCUGCUGAUGGAGCCAUCAAGAAUCUGUUUGUCGGUAGAAUGAAGAGUUAUAUCAAGUGUAUCAAUGUUGAUUAUGAAUCCUCAAGAUCUGAAGAUUAUUAUGAUAUUCAACUCAAUGUCAAGGGAUGCAAGAAUCUUGAAGAAUCUUUUCAAGAUUAUAUUACUGAAGAAACACUUGAGGGCGACAACAAAUAUAUGGCAGAAGGGUAUGGUCUGCAAGAUGCUAAAAAGGGUGUCAUCUUUGAGAGUUUUCCACCUGUCUUGCACUUACAAUUGAAGCGUUUUGAAUAUGAUAUGAUGAGAGACAUGAUGGUCAAGAUCAACGACCGUCAUGAAUUCCCUACCCAUAUUGAUCUUGAGCCUUAUUUAAGUGACACCGCAGACAAGUCCAUGAGCCAUAAAUAUGCUCUUCAUGGUGUCUUGGUUCAUUGUGGUGAUUUAAGUGGUGGUCACUAUUUCGCUUUUGUCAAGCCAGAAAAAGACGGUAAAUGGUUCAAGUUUGAUGAUGACCGAGUUGUGCCCUGUAGCAUGCGAGAAGUACUUGAAGAUAACUUUGGUGGAGAACACCCAGGACUUGCCAACAUUCGUCCUCAUGGUCGCCCCAUGAACCGAUUCACGAAUGCUUACAUGUUAGUCUAUGUCCGCGAGAGUUUGUUAGACCAAGUGCUUGCUCCUGUAACAGAAGCAGACAUUCCUGCUCAUGUAGCAGAGCGUAUUCAGACAGAAGAACGUCUUCGUGAAUUAAGACGCAAAGAGAAAGAAGAACAGCACUUGUAUAUCAAGGCUUUGAUUGCAGAUGAUGAUACCUUUAGAGCCAAUACAUCGUUUGAUUUUGCCAAUUUUGAUGAAAAGGAGAAUGAUGUGCAUGUCUAUAAGGUCAGAAAGGCACAGACAUUUGGUGAAUUCAAGCAAGAGAUGGCAGAGAAAAUUCAGCUGAAGCCUUCUGAAUUUAGAUUCUGGAUUAUGGUCAAUCGACAGAACAGAACAGUUCGUAUUGAUAUGCCCAUUUUGGAAGAAGAUCAUGCUUUACCUGUAGAUGAUAUUCGUACCAAAUAUGCUCCUACUCAACCUAACUUAAGACUGUAUCUUGAGCGCGCUACACUGCACGAUGAAAACGGCCAAGCCGUAUUCCCUCCUCCACCCAAUUCAGCCGAUGUGAUCUUGAUCUUCAUCAAACUCUUUCGACCUGAAUACCAAGAUGUCCAUGGUAUUGGCCACAUCUAUUGUCGUAAAGAUGCCAAGGUUCAUACGAUCAUGGACGACCUUAAGCAAAUGGCUGGCAUGUCCCCUACAGAAUCUGUUUUGCUCUAUGAAGAAAUCAAAUCGACCAUGAUUGACCUUGUCGAAAUUCACCAGACAUUUACGCAAGCUGAACUUCAAGACGGUGACAUUCUCUGUAUUCAACGUCAGUUGUCUGCUGAAGAAGCAGCCCUGUUGGAACAAAAAGAAGCCAAGGCUACUGUGGACCGUUUCAUGGCUUAUGAGCUCGGCAAGAUCGUGGUUCAUUUUGUGCCCAACACGUAUGAUCAAGAUUCGCCUGAAUUCGAAUUGACAUUACAUGAAGACAUGGACUAUGAAAAAGUAGCUCAUGUGGUAGGCAAAGAAUUAGGUGUCGACAGUGACAAGUUGCGCUUGAUCAAUCCUUAUGCUCGUCAUCAAGGGCUGAAGCAUUUGCCUCAGAAACGAUUUGCUGGUCUCAAGUUGGGUAAAUUGUUCCAAAACUUGAAUCAUCACCAUCAACGCCCUCGGUUAGUGUAUGAGAAACUCAAUGUCAGCCUAGAGGAGAUGGAAAGCAAAUGUCCUGUGACAGUGACUGUGUGUGCACCCACUUUGAAAGACACUCAGGUGUUGGACAUCUUGAUCCCUAAAGACAGUGGUGUCAAUGACCUCAAGGCUAUUUUGAUAGAAAAGGGUAUCCAAUUUGGCACACAGGAAUUAGAUCAUAUUCGUGUGUUUGAUGAGAUGGAUGGCAAGUUUGACAAUGAAUACGAUGACAAGACAUGGCGUCAUGCUGUGGCCACAAAACCCACUAUCAAAGUCUAUGCUGAAAAGAUUCCCGAUGAAGAACUCCAUGCUAAUAUUGAGACAGAUGGCAUUAUUCAUGUCUUUCAUUUCCAACGUACGAUCCAUCGUACUCAUUCUGUGCCAUUCAAAUUUGUAAUGAAAGAGAAUGAACCUUUAGUUGAAACAAAAAGAGACUUCAAGCACCUGUUUAUUGUGGCUGAUGAUGAAGAACAAGCGACUCUUGUUGAAGGCGAUGAGGAUAAACCACUCUUUUAUUCACAUCCUUACCAUACGGGUGAUAUGCUUGGAUUAGAUCAUAUUGACAAGAGUGUCAAGACUGACAAGACGGGUGCCAUUUUUAUCAGAGGUUAAAUAAAAAUCAUGCAUUAUUUCCGAUA